GACGUCGACGAAGGACCUUCAUCAUCAAGAAAUGGUCAUCGUCGUAAACGUAUUCAUUUAACAUCAAACGACAGUGAUGAAGAAGAAGUGAAGAAAUCUCGAAAAACUGCUGAGGAUGUGCCCGAUAUCGAUGCGAUGGUGUGUGGAGUUAGUAAGGCGACCACUGUUGAUCAAGACGAAUGGCGUAGUUGUUUGGGUGUUGCUGAUGGCAAAGGGCGUAAAAUAUCGUUGGUUUUAAGGUUGCCGGAUGGUAAUAGGCAAACUGUUGAGAUGGAAGAUACCACACCGAUAAGAGCCGUAUUCCUGCUGAUCGCAGGUCUGGGUUUCUCACCGUGUGAGCAUCAUCUUGUAUUGUCGUAUCCAAAACGUGAGUACUCAUUUGAGGACGCUGAUCGCAGUUUACGUGAAUUACAACUGAAUAAGCGUGAAUUAAUUCACGUUGAAUUAAAAUGA